ACAGACCCAACUUAUUCCAUCCUCUGUUUCAUUCACCAUGACACAUUCCAUUCUGUUGCUUGGACUUCUGAUAUUAGCAUACUUUAGUGGUUCUCAAGCUGAAAAUACCUUUUCACAGUACUGGAAAGAGAAUAUUGGUCUUCCACUCCCUCCACAUUGGUUAGCUGCAAAAGCUUCUCCAUUAAACCUCCAUCAAUUGGCAAUUUAUAUGCAACUUAUGGAGGAAAAUGAAUUGGCUUCUCACCUCCAUUCAUUCUGUAAGCAAGCUAAUGUUGCUUGUUCUACAAAUAUCCAGGUGAAAAAGACAACAAAUGACACAACCCUACCACCAAUUGCUCAAUGGAAUAAUGAUAGAAUUGUUUAUGAACACUCUCCAAAUGAUACACCCCUAUCAAUUGCCAAACAAGGGGGAUUGCCAUUUUUUCGAGAAUCAAUGGUAAAAGAAGGAGGUUUCAUGCUUGUCCCUGAUUUAAGAGACCCAAUUUCAUAUAAAUCAUUCUUGCCAAGACCUCUGGCAUCAAAAAUCCCAUUUUUCUAUUCCCAAAUCGAGGAAUUAAAGAAGCUUUUUGGUGUAGUAGAUGAAUCAAACAUGGAUGAGUAUAUUCAAAAUACCCUUGAGACAUGUGAAAAAAGCCCCAUUCAAGAUGAGCACAUCUGUGUGAUUUCCGUCGAAGAUCUCAUUGAUUUUAUUGUCAAGAAAUUAGGGCAUCACAUAUGUGUAUGGAGUACUGAAAGCAUCGAAGGAUCUUAUGAGAAUGUCACAAUUGGAGCUGUGAAACUCAUAUAUGGAAACCUCUCCGAACCACCAGUGUUAUGUCAUAGUCAGCCAUUUCCAUUUCAAGUCUAUUAUUGCCAUGUUUUGCAGGAAGUAAAAAUAUAUGCGGUUGAUAUGCAUGCUCGAAAGAAAAUGAAUCAUGCGAUAAUGGCAUGCCACUAUGACACAUCAGCUUGGAACCCAAACCAUAAUGCUUUUAAGUUGUUGGGUUAUGGUCCAGGAUUAAUUGAAGUCUGUCAUUGGAUAAACGAGAAUGCAUUGGUCUGGACAAAGAAUCUCUAG